AUGAAGGAGAUGGUCGGUGGAUGUUGUGUCUGUUCAGACGAUCGCGGCUGGUCGGAGAAUCCGCUAGUGUACUGCGAUGGUCAAAGCUGUGCGGUGGCCGUGCACCAGGCGUGCUACGGUAUUGUGACGGUACCGAGUGGGCCUUGGUACUGCCGGAAGUGCGAAAGUCAGGAGCGGUCAGCGCGGGUACGCUGCGAGCUCUGCCCGUCCCGGGACGGUGCCCUCAAGCGAACGGACAAUCAGGGAUGGGCCCAUGUCGUGUGCGCGCUCUACAUUCCCGAGGUACGCUUCGGGAACGUGACGACGAUGGAACCGAUUAUUCUGCAGCUGAUACCUCAGGAGCGAUACAAUAAGACCUGCUACAUAUGCCAGGAGGUGGGCAAAGGAUCGCGGGCUACUGCGGGCGCGUGCAUGCAGUGCAAUAAAUCGGGAUGUAAACAACAGUUUCACGUCACCUGCGCCCAACAGCUGGGUCUGCUGUGCGAAGAAGCGGGCAACUAUCUGGACAACGUCAAGUACUGUGGCUACUGUCAGCAUCACUACAGCAAGCUGAAAAAGGGUGGCAACGUUAAAACCAUCCCACCGUACAAACCCAUUAGCCAUGAGGCUAACUCGAGCGAUGGCCCUUCGUCACCGGAAAAGGAAAUGGAACCCCCACCACCAUCCCAACAGUACCCGGGCAGUGGUGGCAGUGCGGUCGGCACGGGAAAUUCGACCGUUGGCGGCAGUACCGGAAGCAGCAACAGCGGCACCAGCAGCACCAGCGGAUUGAAGUCAAACAGUAGUCGGCUCUCCGGUGAACCACCUCUGGGCAGUUCCUCGACGACCUCUUCCUCCUCGUCCUCCUCCUCGUCGAAGCAGCGAAAAUCUUCUAGCGCCUCGAAAGGCUCAAGCAGUUCUAGCGCUUCGGGCCCUUCCACAUCCUCGGUGCUUUCGUCAUCCGGAAGUGCACCGGGCAGUGGUAGUGGAGCGGGACUGUCCACUUCUUCUGCAAUGCUGUCAUCCUCUUCGUCCUCAUCGGGCAUCGGUAGUGUAUCAGGUGGAACGGGCACCGGAAGCACCGGUGGAAUGGGUGGCAGCAGUGUCGGCGGUUCCAGUGGCGUUAGCAGUAGCGGCGGCUCUAGCAAAAGUAGCUCGGGAACAUCCGGUGGCACUAGUGGGAGUGGAGGCGGUGGUAGCAGUUCAAAGGACAAGGACAAGUACAGCAAAAGUCGCGAUAAAAGCUCGAAAUCGUCCAAAUCCUCCAGCAGCAGCAGCAGCAGCAACAUCAAUAGCAAUAGCAGCAGCGGCAGCAGCAAUAGUGGCACCGGAAGUGGGGUCAAUUUCAGCAACAGUACAAGCGGCGGUCCUGGUAGUGGCAGUUCAGCAGCCAGCGGUCAAUCAAAAGACGGCGAUAUGUCACUCGCUGGACCAGGAUCUUCAUCCGUUUCAUCGUCCCUUCCGGGCGGUGGCUAUUCCUCUGCGCUGCUGGGCGGCAACAGCUCUGGGAAGCAUCCGACGGAGAAGUCGGACAAAUCGGGCGGUGGCACUAAUCAAUCGGCGGUUGGCACCCUAACGUCAUCGUUCUCCGGCGGUGGCGGUAGCGGUUCAUCACGGGCCGCUUCUCUUUCACCGGCGGCCAUUCCGACCACGCUCAUCAUAAAACCUCCUCAGGACCAUCUCGGAGGAAGUGCGAAGGAAGUGUUGUCGAAGGAGGCGAUGGCCAAAUUUUCGGCUUCCAACUUCACGGAAACGAUCGUGGUCAACUCGUCCGACUCGGUGUACAACCACAGUGGUGGCUCGAGCUCAUUGAACCAAGGGCUACCGACGACGACGGUGAUCGAGGGAGGAAAGCUGAGCGCCAUUGGGUCUGGUUCCGGCACCGUUGGUGGUUCGUAUGGCGGAAGUUCCAGUAACUCUGCCACCGCCGGUUCCACUGGCAGUGGUGGUGGAGUAGGUAAGAAAAGGAAGGCCGACACCCGUUCCACUCCAACGUCUUCCGCCGGCAGCAGCGAGAUCGAUAAUAACCGGGACCUGAUUAAGGAUGUGGCCGUUUCCAUUGUGCCAUUAGCAUUGAACAAACACGAUCAUGCAGAGCUAUCUUCAGUAAUCGGACACGAGAAGAGCGUUAAAAAGGCGAAAACCGAAACCAGUUCCAGCUCGCCGUUGCACUCGCACCAUUCGGCGACGGGAUCGACGACUGCAGCAGCAUUAGCCGGCAGUGCCACCGAGCCGAAUCUGCAAAAUGUUAAUCCGAAUCUGUUGCAGUCAUCGAACAUCAUCUCCACACUGUCCUCCUCGACGUCGUCGUCGUCGUCGUCCUCUUCGGCGACAUUAGUUUCCUCCGCGGCUGCUAAGCAGCAUCAGCUUCAAACACCACACUCACCUCAGCUGCUGCAGGCGCAGGGCACAGGGUCACAGCCGCCGCCACCCGGCCAACCGAGCCUCGUGGUGUCCGUUCCUCUUUCAACAGCUACCGUACCUGGAGUUAAUCUACCCGCUAGUAACAGUAGUACUAAUGGCGCUCACAAUAGCCACAGCAGCAGCAGCAGCAGUGGCUCUAGUAGCACCACCACAAGUGUCGUGAGCAGUGGCCACGUUACUCAUAGCGCGAGUCACGGUGGCGGCGCUAACACACCGAACAUCAUCGUAUCGCCCGCACAGCUCGCCACCGGUACCAGCUCCGCCGGUAGCUCCAAUCUGUUUCAGCAGAUUUCGCACCGUGCCGGCGAUCAGCUGAUGAAUGUCAGUACGAACCGGUCUAGUCCCGUCAUACAGCACCAAUCGGCCACGCAGCACAUCAUCCAGUCGACAUCAUCAUCGUCAUCCUCGGCUACGUCCUCGUCAGUAACGAUCACUUCCCAUCAGCAGCAGCAACAACAACACCAUCACCACCACCACCAUCAUCAGCUGGAACGUCAGUCGCCCUCGAUGCGGCCUUCUUCAGGGGGCGGCAGUGCAGCAGCGGCCUCCGGAGGCAAUGUCAUCACCGCGAUCCAUCACCACCACCACCAGCAGCACCAUCAGACGGAGCUGUUAUCGGUCGGAUCCGGUGCCGGCGGAGGAUCGGUCCUGCAAAGCAUCUCGCCCAUACCGAUGAGCACAAUCCAGAGCACGUCACUUCCGUCGCCCUUAAUCGGUGGUACCGAGAGCAACAGCAGCAGCGGUGGUGGUCUGAAGAUUAGCUACGAAAAGCAAACGACUACCAACGUGCGGAUAGCGGCGCUGCAGGAAGAGGAAUCGGUCUCGGGCCGGAGGUCGAGAUCCCACUCGCGAGAACGUAGUGGUGGUAGCGGUGGAAGCAAUGGAAAUCCGGCCACCACAACGGCGGGCGGUGGCAAAACUCGCACCUCUAAAAAGCGUUCACAGCAGCCAAAGCAACAGCAACAACUGGCGCCAGAUUCACGGGGAUCACCGAGUCGCGGAUCGACACCACCAGCGCCUGCGUUUUCGGAUGCGUACCGACAGUACGGACCGGGUAGUGACGAACAGCAUCAGCAGCCGCCGCCGCAGUAUCACUCUGCAGGCGGCGGAAGCAACGCUCCGGCCGGAGGUGGAAAUACGGCCAGCAACAAUGGCAGCGUGUUGUCCAUGGCCGCUGGUACCGGGUCCGCUACGGCUUCCGUUGUUGUGGGCAACUCCCAGCAGAACCAUCAUCACAAUCAUCAACAACAGCCACACUACCUGCAGCAGCAGCAGCAACAGCAUCAUCAGCAGCAUUCCCAUCAUCAACAUCAACAACAGCAAUCGCUAUUGUCGGUCGGAACUGUGGGAGAUAAAAUGCUUCCAUCAUCGAGUGGUGCUUCUAUCGCGUCUCUUCCUUUUGCCUCGACCGGUGGCACCAACGCCGCACAGUCGUCUCAAGCGGUUGCUUCAUCUUCCACCGCAGCGGUCGUAUCCACUCAAUCGUCUAGUCACAUUUCCAGAAGUAAUACUCCCAGCAGCGGCUCGGCUGGGCCGCCUUCGGCAACCGAUGGACGCAAUGUUAUUGAAAUGGGUGGCGGCCAUCCCGGAAUGGGUCCUUCUGUCGGCUACCAUGGCGGUGGUGCUAGCGGUGGCAUAAUUUCAAGCUUUCCGCAUCCACCAUCGAACCAUCAUCAAGCCGCGGCGAGUGGCAGCGGCGGGCUUACUGGCAAAUCUGUCAGUAAUGCCAACACCAAUAAUAGCAAUGUUGAUCAAUUUACUCAACAAGCACCACACCUUCAUCAACACCACCAGCAGAACCAUUAUCAAGGAACCGGCGUUGGCCAAACGGUUCUGGCCAGCAAUACACAGGCCAGCCACGGGAGCAACAGGAACAGUGCCAACAAUAGUAUUAGCAAUAGUAGCAACAACAGUAGCAAUAAUAAUCUUAUCAACACCACCACAACAACCACCAAACACCGUGCGGCGGUGGCGGCGGCAGCGGCUGCGGUGGCCUCAACGCACCAAACAAUCGUUGAACUUUCGUCGCCAUCUACUUCCAGAACGCCCGACAUGUCAACAAGCGCAGCGUACUCACAGAUGCACUUCUCGUCCGCCUACCAACCCACCCAACAACAGCCGUCGGCCAGUUCCGGCGGUGGUGGGCUCAAGUUUUCCUACGAAGCUCAAACAACGAACCCGAUGAUGUCCUCCCUGGCACUGACGACCGCUAGCAGCACGGUAAUUGCCACUCCUGCGUCGAUGGUACCCCAGGUGAAGGAUUCACCGCCCAGUUCGCCGGACUCCGAAGGUGGACCGAUCGGUAGUGGGCCGAUUAACAGUAGGGGCACGAAACGGAACCGCAAGAUGGCAGUGAUGGCACCGCAACCGCCAGUGGCCGCAGUGGCAGCAAUCGUACCCACACCGGCCAUCGUUGGUGGUGGUUUGCAGAACGAAGCGAAGGAAGGCAAACUGUUCCAGAACGGCAUCGGUGGUGGUGGCGCCGGCGGCGCUAGUAACAUCGUAUCAGCCACGCACAUGCUGGGAAACCAGCUGAACACGAGCAGCAGCGUGGCGCAGAAGAUGUCCGAUCAGCUAACGAUGGAACUCGAGGCUCACACCUACGUUCCCGUUAUGGACACCGACCGACCGACACUGAUGGGACCACAGUUUCCUGGCAAGAACCGUGCAAACAACACGCAACCACCGCCGCCACCACCCGGAGGUGGUGGCACUUCGUUGAGCUCGAUGCUCACCGGGGGAGCAACCGCAACACCGAACGGCAACACACCGCAGAGCUUGGAACAGCUUCUCGAACGGCAAUGGGAGCAAGGAUCUCAGUUUCUUAUGGAACAAGCGCAACACUUUGACAUUGCAUCACUGCUGUCCUGUCUACAUCAGCUACGGAGUGAAAAUAUUCGACUGGAGGAACACGUCAACAAUCUAGUGGCCCGUCGGGAUCAUCUGUUGGCGGUGAACGCACGGUUAGCCAUUCCGCUUAACCCUUCGGCUGCCAUGGGUGGUGUCGGAAUUUUAGGUGGCUCUGGUGGAACCGGCGGCGGUGGUGGUGGUGGCGGGGGUCAAGUAGUUGGCGGAACGUUAUCUCAAGGACAAUUCAACAACAUCCACGGCAAUGGGCCAAUCGAAGGGAUCACCAACAGCAGCAGCAACAGUUCGACGAACCGAUCGGCACGCGUUGCACAGCACGGUGGUUCGCAUCAGGCACCGUCCCAGGCGCAGCAAGUGACCGGUCAUCCCAGUGUUGCCGUGGCUCCUCAACCGCUCGAAAACGGUAUCGAUUUUCGGCACACAAACUCGUCAUCCCACCCGAACGUCAAUAGCGCUUCGAUAAGGCGCAACUCCCCUUCAAAUCAAGCCUCGGGCCCGGGAGUAUCAUCACGGGCACCGGCAACGCUGUCCGUCGCCAACGUUGCAUCUAACGAACCGAUUCCAGGACCACUGCGUGGUGCACGGUCCACCGUGGGCAACAGUAGCUUGUCGUCUUCCACCGUCAACACUCCACCAAGCAGCAUCGUCAAUGCCACCGGUGGACAUAUCGCUGGCAAUGGAACCGGUAGCUCCUCCGGCCCACCCGGCCCAGGUGGUGCCGCUAGUGGGAGCUCCAGUUCCGCCAAUUCGUACGCCCGAGAACAGCAGCAGCAACAAACGAUCUACAACACCGCCCACCAGCCUACACACCAAUUACGCCGGGACGAUAUUCCGCUCUUGCUAGAGCACCAUCAGCAGGAACAACAUAUACAUCUUCUGCAUCCUCAGGCUCCACAGCAGCAGCAGCCGCCUGCGCCUCCACCGCCGCAGCAUCAUUAUCAAAACCAUCAUCAACAGCAAGCGGGACUCCCGCAGAAUCAUCAUUCCGCACUGGUACCGCACUCGCAGUCGGGCAACAGCGUACCGUUGCACCAGCUACCACAUCCUUCCCAUCCACACGUGUCCAGCACGGGCCGUGCGGUUCCUUCUGCGCCGGCCUCGGGCCAACGACAGAACGCAACAGCUCCGCACCAGCUACCACGCACCGCACCGAGUGCCAAUUCCCAUCAUCAUCCGCAUCAACAACACCUCCACCAGCAGCAGCAGCAGCAGGUCCUUCACGGGAACCAUCUGCACCAUCGCGGCAAUACUCCGCCGACUUCCGGCGCAAGCGUCAGUAUGGCACCGCAUUCGACGGUGGGCCAUCACCCGCCACCGAUCAUCGACAGUUCCCCGGCACCGGGGCAACGCGUGGCAACGACACCACCGUCGGUCGUAAGCUUCAUCGAUCGGUUCCUGCAACAGCAACGAUCGAGCGAUCGGCGACCAUCGAACAGCGUGUCGCAGCACAGCGGAAAGUACAAAGAUUUUUCCAUCGAUUUUAUACUGGGACCCUCCGAACUACGGGGACACGGUGGCAUUGGCAGUAGCCAACCGGGUCAACUGCGGGCGACCGGUGGAAGAUCGUUACUCACGCAAUAUCGAAACCACUCUCCCGAAACGGCCAGUAGUAGUGACUCAGGCGAUGAUGACGAUGAGGACGAGGACUAUGGCAAUGAUGGCGACGAUGAAACCGAUGGCGACAGUCGGGACGAGACUUAA